AUGAUAAUAAUAAAUACAUAUUAACAGCUAAAAACUUUAGCAUAUAACAAAUAGCUUUGUUAGUUAUGUGUUCAUACUGCUAUUCUGUUAAUGUAAUUCUGGAUUGCGUUAUAUGGAACUUUUACACUACACGAGAAUCGAGUGGCAGCAUUAGCUAACAUUUGACUGACUGCGUUUAUGCAAUCACAUCAUACAAUAUCAUACGUUAGCAUGAGUUUGCUGUGCACGCGCCCCCUCAUGAUCAGACGGCGGCAGGGGAUGGAGGUGGACUGCACGCCGGAGGAGCUGUCGAGGUGUUUGUUUGAGGAGCGCUUUGUGGAGCUGGGGGAGGUGAAGGACAUGCGGCUGGAGGCCGAGGCGGUGGUCAGUGAUGUGCUCUUCGCGGUCACAGACAUGCACGUCUCUCACAGUCUCUCCAGUGGACUGGAUGUGGCCUACAUCAACGUGGAGACCAGAGAGGGAAAGCGAUACUGCUUGGAGCUCACCGAGGCAGGGUUAAGGGUGGUGGGCCACGGCUUCGAUCAGGUGCAUGAGGAGUUGAGCACCCAGUAUCAUGAGACGGUUUACUCGCUGCUGGACUCUCUCAGCCCCGGAUACAGAGAGGCGUUUGGAAACGCUCUGCUACAGAGACUGGAGCGGCUCCAACAGAACGGACAGUGAGCGCUUCCUGUGCCGCUCUCUGCUCAGAGCAUCAGUGCUACCCUUUUCAGUUCCCAGCCUGUCAUGUUUUUAUGUAGAUUUGACAAACUGACUUGCCUGUGAUGUUUUAAGGUAUUUUACUGUUAUUUGGAGAGGUAUCACUGCUAAGACCCAGAUGAAUACUCCAUUUUUAUUCAUAUUUAUGCAAAUGAAAUGCCCCUCAGAAAUAUUGCCGUGCUGUUUUGAGGACUAUGGGGAAAUGUUUGAACUGAAGUCUUUUGUGUUCACGUACUAGCGCUGGGUCCUGCGUAAAUAUGAGUUUUAGAGCUCCAUACUGUACUUCCAUCAAAAGUCUUAACAUUCAAACAUAUCAGAUGCCUUACUACUUACAUUCAGUUUUCUUUCUUUCAGGUUUCAGUUGAACCUGUCCUCAAGGUAGUUGUUAUUUGAAUAUCCUGAUACGUUAAGGAUCUUCUCUUCCUUCUUUUGUUUGCUACAGAUGAUUUCAUAUCCUUUUGAGAAUGUAAAAACUCAUCGAUUGCUGCUUUGUUUUCUGUCUCAAUCUGUCAAAAUUAGCAGUGAGGAUUGAAAAGCCAAAAAACACGGUGGUGAUAACCACUUCCACCCCCAAAAAAGUAUUUUAUUUAAUUUUUUAAAAGAAUGGAGCCUUUUUCAUUUGCAAAAGAGUUGCACAGUAUCUUUUUUACCCCGCAUUCACAUCACAUAACUACAGCAUGUUCAGCUGUUUGCUGUAAAGAGACCUCUCAUGUAUUAUUGUCCAAUAUUGUUUUUUUUUUUUAAAUAUGGUUUUAAAUAAUGAUUUUUUUUUUUUUAUUGAAAGAUUUGAAGUUGCGCAGAACCCUUGAUUUACUCAUCAAAACGAAAUGCUGAAUAUUGCACAGAAUUGCACUAAAUGAGAUAAAGCAGCCAUUUGCUGACUGUUUGAAAAACGAAAGUGUAAAAAUAUGCUUUAAAGUUACAUUCCAUUUAAGUUCAGUGUUGAGCAGAAGGAAGAGAUCCGUUUAAAGAAAUGCAUUAAAACAGGAAGUUGUUGUACGAUGGCUUUCUACCUCAUGUGGGGUGUUUAUUUGGACCUCUUUAGCAUGCCUGUGAAAUUGACGUGUGUUUUCAGCUGGUUUGGGAUAAGGCUGCUGAUAAUGCUAUGCCGUUUUGUGAUAAUAGGGACAAUGGACUGAAUUCUUCGUCUGGUUUUAGCAAAUACCUGUGAAACCCACUACUCUCUGUAUCUGUCCCAGACAAACCUGCUGAUAAUUGACCGCAUGUUUGCAGAGAUAACCAAGAUGAAGAAGUGUUUUGAAGAUAUACAUGGCACAAAUAUCUCCUGUACCUGAUGGAAUGCUGCUUGCUUUUGUUUCAUUGUAAUAAAAAGCACACAUUCGAAUGCUA